UAACAUGGAUCGGAAGUGCCCAACACUUGCAGUUUGUGUUCAUAUCUUUCUUUUUCUUAAGUUGAGAGGUGAUCCAAAUGAAUGUAACUGCUUUUGCGACGUCUCUAAGGGGGAGUCACAUCAGCUGGAUCCAGUGGUGCGCCAUAACCCACACAUUGACAGGACCACUGGGUCAAUAGAGUCUUGAGAGGAACGAGAGGCGAUGGAGAAGCACAUCAACCUAGCUGCUGGUCUUCUCCGCACAUCCUCCUCACCUGAAAAGGAAUCUUUUACCAUGUCUGUGACUGCCCUGUUCAGGGGCAAGUGGGGGCAGAAGUCACAUGAAACCCCAGAGAAGCAUCAAGCUGCUGUGGUUCAACCCAGCCAUGAGGAGGACGAUGAUGAGGAUGAAUCCUGUGUUGGUUUUAGCAGAGAGCCUAUCCGCAGGAACUCCCGCUUUUACCGGUCAAUGAGGAAGAAGAGGCUGGUCUCAUCUGAGCAGUCUGAAAAUUCUACAAGACCUAUUUUGGAUCAUGGUCCAUGCAACAGAGCAGGAGUCUCCUCCUCUAAUGCUCCCUUACCACACAAAUCACCUUUGUUGCCUGGGACAAGACGACUUUCACCACAGCGCCAUCAUUCCAGAACUGUGUUGCCCAGCAAUGGUGAUGCCAGCAGCAGACAUGCCAACAGGGAUGCCGUGGAUAGGAGAAAAGGAGGAGUGGGAGGAGAGAGGAGUGUAGACAUAUCGGCUGCCUCCAACAGCCUGCAUAGAGAUGUUACAGCUGACAUGAUCAGCUACCAGACCCACAGCAUUUAUAGCGGAGACAUAAACAAGUUGUCUGAGCAAACAGCCACAGCUUGCACUGUACAGGAGAUCAGAGGAGAAACCAUGAGCUCACAACAGCCCAUUUCUGAUGGAGCAGACCGGGAUAAAUUCAACCUCAGGCUGCUGAGCAAUAGAGAGAGCUCCCAGACUAUCAGCCACAGCCUCAACAUCAUUAAAAACAUUGCCUGUCUGUACCAGGAAUACAGGGACACCUCCAAGCAGCAGGAGAUUGAGCAACGGCGGUGGCGUGAGAACCUUUCACCUGGGGUCACAGCAGGGUCUGUGGUGGCAAAAUCUGGUGUCAUGUCCCCCCCUGUGUUACAGCUGCAGCUGAGGAACAGUGAUCGCUCACUGAGCUUGUGGCAGAACCUGGAAGCUGUGCAGGCCAGCGGCCUACUCACCCAGCUACCGCAGAAAGAAAUCAUAAUGCAAGAGGCCAUGUUUGAACUUGUUUCCUCAGAAGCAUCCUACUACAAGAGUUUGGAAAUUUUAGAGACUCACUUCCUACGUAACCCACUUCUGAUCAACACUCUCAGCCAAUCCGACGUGCAUUUUCUCUUCUCUAACAUUGAGGAAGUCAUGACAGCCAGUGAAAGGUUCCUGAUGGAUCUUGAGCACCGAAUUGAGAAGUCUAUUUUGAUUUCUGAUGUGUGUGACAUUGUCAGCUACCACGCUGUGGAACACUUCAGUGUCUUCAUCAAAUACGUCAUCAACCAGGUGUACCAAGAGAAGAACUACAGACGCAUUUUGGAGGGAAACCAGGCAUUUCGGGAGGCCAUGGCAACGCUGGAGAACCAUCCACGUGUUAGGGGGCUGUCCUUUACUUCAUUCCUAAUCCUUCCUUUCCAGAGAAUCACAAGGCUCAAGCUGCUCAUACAAAAUAUCCUGAAAAAAGCAGAGGAAAACUCAGAGAGGGAAGCUAAUGCUAUUAAAGCCCAUCAGCAACUGGAACAGAUUGUGAAAGAGUGUAACGAGGGGGUGCGAAAAAUGAGUCGCACUGAGGAGCUAAUCAGCAUUGAGAAAACAUUGGAAUUUAAAUCCAAGUCUGUGCCCAUCAUUUCGCACUCACGCUGGUUGUUAAAGAAGGGGGAGGUGCAGCUAAUGGCUGGACCUAAGAGCACUAGGACGAUGCGGAGUCGUAAGCUCUACCAACCAGUCUACUUGUUCCUUUUUAACAAUCUGCUGCUGGUCACCAAGCGCAGCUCUAGUGGGGACAAGUUCCAGGUUCUUGAUUCAUGCACACGGGCUAUGUUGAGGACUGAAGAUCUUGAAGACCAGGGCCAACUACUGGCCAAUGUCUUUAAUCUUAAACUACUUGAAAACCAAGAGGAGCGUCCAGUCAGCUACAUGCUCAAGACCUCCAGUAUGAGUGAUAAGCUUCGAUGGAUGUGUGCUCUCACUCCUAACCGGCGCACACGCUUUACGUCUACUAAUGCCCAUCAAGCAGACUCUCCACAGGUGCAGUGUAUUCAGUCAUACUCAUCUCAAGAGCCUGAUGAACUCUCCAUUGAGAUGGCUGAUGUUUUGAACCUCCUAGAGAGAACAGACAAUGGCUGGAUGAUGGGUGAAAGGCUCCAUGACGGGGAAAGGGGCUGGUUCCCUUGUCGAGUAGUAGAAGAGAUCCAGAGCAAGGAGGUCCGAGCUCAGAACCUAAGGGAGGCCUUCAAGAUCCAGCAGGCCCAGGAAAGUGGAGGAGGCCUGCAAACUAGUGCCAAGAUUGGUUUAAGGGUGGGGAGACGUACCCCAAAGGUUUCUAAUUUGAAAGGAGGUGGGAGAGGGAGUCCAGGUAAAGCAGAUGAAGCCAGCGAUGAGUCCACACUGGGGCACUUACCAGAGGGAGAGGCAUCCCGGGAAUUUGAGGACGUGCUGUCGGGAGAUGUGCACUUCCUGCGGGAGGACCAUCCAGCACCCCCACGGCCAUCCCAGACAACCGAUACCCAGGAGGAUGAUCCAGGUCGAUGUUGA